GACGGUAUAUUUUAACGAUAAUUCCGCGGCCACACUGGUUGCGUUCGCGUAGUUUGUGUUUUGAAUGUGUAUAUGUGUAAAUUAUUAAUAUAUAGUACAACAAUUAUUGUUUGUGGAUAAUAUGUUUUGCUCCUCGGGCUUUCAGUCAUUUUGUGGCAUGUGAUUUUGGAGUUUUGGUGCAGUGACAGCGCGGCAAACGAAUCAUCCGCCAGCAGGGCAAAAGCACCUGCAGAACAAGUUGUUGUUCCGUGUCUCCGUGCCUGUUCUGGUUUGUGUGCUAUUUUCUGUGUUAGAGUGAAAUAUUGGCAAUAAUUUGCAUAUCAAAGAAAGCUGUCAGCAGAAAGAGAGCCACAGGUGCAGCAGCACCUCAUCCAGCGUCUCUCCAUCGUCUGCGCCUGCGCCCCCGCUUGCUGCUGCUGCUUACGUGUCCGCAUCGGCGGGUCUAGAUCGGAUCGAUCUGCUCUCCAGAUAGCAGAUAAUAUGCGCGUUGGCGUUUUUGUGAUUGCGUGCCUGGCCCUCGCCGCUGGCUCGCCGGCCCCCGCCCCCGCAGAGUACAGCGAGAGUGCUGCGGUUCAGGUGAUCGAGGAGACCGAGAGCUUUCUGGCUCAUCCCCACUAUCUGGACAACGAUGAGAUUGGAGCUCUGUUUGGCCAGUUGGCCAAGGACUAUCCCCAGUUGGCCCAGGCCUACAAAGUCGGUCGCUCCUUGCAGGGCAGGCCACUGCAUGCCCUAGCGCUAAACGCCCCACCGGCGAACGACAAGAGCGGGGAUCUGCUGCGGCCCAUGGUCAAGCUGGUGGCCAACAUUCGAGGCGACGAGACGCUGGGUCGUCAGAUUGUCCUGUAUAUGGCCGAGUAUCUGGCCAGCAGCUACGAGACCGAUGACCAGGUCCAACGGCUGCUCAACACCACAGAAAUUCAUUUUCUACCCAGCUGCAAUCCGGAUGGAUUUGCCCUCGCCCAGGAGGGCAACUGCGAAUCGCUGCCCAAUUAUGUGGGGCGUGGCAAUGCGGCGGGCAUCGAUCUUAACCGCGACUUCCCCGACCGUCUGGAGGAGCCCCAUGUCCACCAGCUGCACGCGCAGUCCCGCCAGCCGGAGACGGCCGCCCUAGCCAACUGGAUAAUCAGCAAGCCGUUCGUGCUCUCGGCUAACUUCCAUGGCGGAGCCGUGGUGGCCAGCUAUCCCUACGACAACUCCAUAGCGCACAAUGAGUGCUGCGAGGAGAGCCUGACCCCGGAUGACCGCGUUUUCAAGCAGCUGGCGCACGCCUACUCGGACAACCAUCCGAUCAUGCGGAAGGGCAGCAACUGCAACGACUCCUUUGCCGGAGGCAUCACAAACGGCGCCAACUGGUACGAGCUCUCCGGCGGCAUGCAGGACUUCAACUACGCCUUCAGCAACUGCUUCGAGCUGACCAUCGAGCUCUCCUGCUGCAAGUAUCCGCCUGCCAGCACCCUACCCGCAGAGUGGCAGCGCAACAAAGCUUCGCUGAUGCAGCUGCUGAAGCAAGCCCACAUCGGAAUCAAGGGCCUGGUGCAGGACGCCAAUGGCUAUCCCAUCGGUGAUGCGAACAUUAUUGUGGCCGGCCUGGACGAGAAGCCCAUUCGCACCUCGAAGCGUGGCGAGUACUGGCGCCUGCUCACGCCCGGCCUGUACAGCGUGCAUGCGGCUGCCUUUGGGUACCAGACCAGUGCCCCGCAAGAGGUGCGCGUUACCAACGACAACUUGGAGGCUCUGCGGCUGGACUUCAAGCUGCUGCCCGUCGAGACGAACUUUGAUGGCAACUUCCGCAAGGUGAAGGUGGAACGCGCUGAGCCGCCGGAGGCAAGGAAGGAGCAGUUCGACGGCUUCCUUACCCAUACCGUCUUCGAGCACCACAACUAUACGUCCAUGGAGAGCUACCUGAGGCAACUAGCGGACAGCUAUCCCUCGCUGACGCGGCUCUACAGCAUCGGGAAGAGUGUCCAGGGCAGGGAUCUGUGGGUGCUGGAGCUGUUCGCUACGCCAGGAUCGCAUGUGCCCGGCGUGCCCGAGUUCAAGUACGUGGCCAAUAUGCACGGCAACGAGGUGGUCGGCAAGGAGAUGCUGCUGCUGCUCAGCAAGUACCUGCUGGAGCGGUAUGGCAACGACGAGCGGGUCACCCGUCUGGUGAACGGCACGCGGAUGCACUUCCUGUACAGCAUGAACCCAGAUGGGUAUGAGGUGUCGCGCGAGGGCGACCGCACGAGCGGCUUGGGACGCGCCAAUGCCCACAAUAUCGAUCUGAAUCGCAACUUUCCGGACCAAUACGGCACCGACAAGUUCAACAAGGUCACCGAGCCGGAGGUGGCGGCGGUCAUGAACUGGACUCUGUCACUGCCGUUCGUGCUUUCGGCGAAUCUGCACGGCGGCUCACUGGUGGCCAACUAUCCGUUCGAUGACAACGAGAACGACUUCAACGAUCCGUUAUCGCGCCUGCGCGACGCUAGCAUCAAUGGCCGCAAGCUGAAUCCCACCGAGGACAACGCCCUGUUCCGGCACCUGGCGGCGGUCUAUGCGCAAGCCCACCCCACCAUGCACCUGGGAAAGCCGUGCGAACUCUUCCAGAACGAGCAUUUCCCCGACGGCAUCACCAACGGGGCCCAGUGGUACAGCGUGACCGGGGGCAUGCAGGACUGGAACUAUGUGCGCGCCGGCUGCCUGGAGCUGACGAUCGAGAUGGGCUGCGACAAGUACCCUCUGGCCCGGGAGCUGCCACAGUUCUGGCACGAAAACCGCGAGCCGUUAAUCCAGUUCAUCGAACAGGUGCACCACGGCAUCCACGGCCGUGUGCACAGCACCAUCGGCACCCCGAUUGCCGGUGCUGUCGUCCGCCUGGACGGAGCCAAUCACUCCAGUUUUAGCCAGAGGUUCGGCGACUACUGGAAGCUCGCACUGCCUGGCCAGCACAACGUCACCGUCCUGGGAGAUAACUAUGCACCGCUGCGCGUGGAAGUGGAGGUGCCGGCAUCAGAACCCUUCAAUAUGCGCCUGGACGUGACCCUCAUGCCCGAUGACCCCCAGCACUGGGCCUCGGCCAACGACUUCCGGAUCAUCGAGAACGUGGUGAACACCCGCUACCACACGAAUGCCGAGAUCCGCUCUCGCCUGGCGGAGCUGGAGAACCAGAACGGACAGAUCGCGAGCUUCGGCUAUGCGGACAAUGAGUUCAGUCGAUACUUCAACUACCUGAAGAUGACCUCCGAUAUUGGUGAGCCCGAGGAACACAAGUACAAGCUGCUGGUGGUUAGCUCCAUGUUCGACACAGCGGCGCCAUUGGGCAGGGAGCUCAUGCUGAAUCUCAUCCGUCAUCUGGUGGAGGGCUACAAGCUGCAGGACGCCACCGUGAUGCAGCUGCUCCAGCGCAGUGUCAUUUACUUCCUGCCGCAGACGCAGAAGUUCCCGGAGGUCUUUGACCUGUACAAUUCCAACUCCUCUGUGUGCGAUCCUGUGCUGGGCGACGAGCUGGCCGAGCGCUUGCUGAGUCCCGAAACGGAGCCGGGCCGCGACAUGCUGCUGCAGUUCUUGCACAGCGAGCGCUUCGACCUGAUGCUCACGUUCAGUGCGGGCAGCUCCGAGCUGGACUUCCCGCACGGCGACUCCAUCCUGGAGAAGUUCGCCCACAGCAUCCAGCGCACGGAGUUCGACUACUCGCCGCUGCAGUGCAGCGCCUCGGCCACCAGGCAGCGGCACCGCGAGACCAGCGAUCGGCUGACGAACCUCCUCUACAAGAUGUACAACCUGCCCAUGUACACACUGGGCGUGUCGUGCUGCCGGAUGCCCGCCCACAAGCAGAUCGCCUCCGUGUGGCGCAAGAACAUCGACAAGAUCAAGAACUUCCUGGGCCUCGUCCAGACGGGAGUCACUGGCCUUGUGCACAACGAUGAGGGGCAGCCGCUGCGCGAGGCCUUUGUGCGCCUGCGGGAGCACCAGAUGGUGUACAAUGUGACCCGGAAUGCGGCUCGCUUCCAGCUUAUGCUGCCCAGAGGGCUGUACGGUCUGGAGGUGACAGCCCCCAACUACGAGUCGCAGGUGAUCAAGGCGGAGGUGCAGCACGGCCAGCUGGUCGACCUGGGCGCCAUUCGCCUGCACCCAUUCACCCUCAUACGCGGCGAGGUCGAGGAGCUGCCCAGCAAUAGUCAGGCUCAUUCCGUGACGGGUGUCGGCUCCAAGUUCACGACGAGCAUUGUCGGCGUCGUGCUGGACGAGAGCAACCAUCCCAUUCGCAAUGCCAAAGUAUCCGUCAUCGCUCCCGCCGGGCUCGAGCGCCUACGCAACUUCACCAACAGCCUGGGCGAAUACCGCCUGUCCGCCGUGCCCCUGGGCACAGUGAGCCUCAAAGUGGAGGCGCCGCGCCACUUUGAGGCCACGAGGCAGCUGCACCUGGCACAGGGUGGACUGCCCACGGAGAAUGUCGUCUUCCAUCUGAAGUUCAACGAGCAUGUGUUCGGCCUGCCGCGCUUCCUCUUCAUCAUCUUCGCCAGCGUGAUGAUCAUCGUUGGCGUGAUCGUGUGCGUGUUGUGCGCUCAGUUCUGGUUCUACCGGCGCCACCGAGGCAAUAAGCCGUAUUACAACUUCUCGCUGCUGCCGCAGAAGACCAAGGAACACUUCGACCUGGAAGAGGACGAUGCGGGCGAUGACGGUGAAACAGAGCUUUUCCGUUCUCCCAUCAAACGUGGCAUGACCAUUCAGCCGUACUUCGAUGAGGAGAACCUGGAGCGGAUUCUGCACACGGACGAGGAGGAUGACGAGGACGACGACGAAGAUGGGCCGCGCAUGGAGCCCGAGUUCGAUGUGGCCGAUGACAGCGGCGAUGAGAUCGUCAUGUUGCACCAGCACGGCAAACCGCGCCGCCACUAAGGACAUGUCCACCUUCUCGUGAUCCUCAACCCCCUGGUCCCGAUCCAGACCACCCACAACAGUAGCAACAGCAGACACCACACAACAAAACUGUGAUUCAAAACGUUUUCAAGAAAAAUCCAAGCAAGGCAUUGCUCUUUUUUUUUUUAUUUAAUUUAUAUACAGCUGCGGUCAACGUAAUAGUAGUGCCAGCCAGUUUUCAAAAGGUUGCAUAAAAGAGAAAAUGUUCUUUUAUACUAAUUGAUGAUAUAUAAGGCUCAAGAAUUCAUGACAUUCAGAAACGCCUGGAGUUUGCGUAGACUUUUUCAGAGUAUAAUUCCACGUUGAGAAUUCUGUAGCCUCACUACACUAUAACUAUAUUUUAAAACUUAAAAGGAAUGUAACUUUCAAAUAUGGUAACGCCAGCGUACAGUUUUUAAAAGUCACUCACAGAUAAUUCACGUGUAUUGAAUACAAUUGAACAGUGCGUAAAAACUUCUAUCUCUUAUAGAUUUUUCGAUACUAAUAUAGGUAAUAAUGUAAUUCUAAAUAAUUUUUAAAAUUUUGGCAUACAUUGGCUAAGAGCUUACCGUCUAUAUAAGCUAUACCAUUUGGACCGCUUCUUAUUAUUUCUUAGUUAAUUCGUAAUUCAUUGAAUCGGACUUAUAUAGAUGGAAAAAUCUUAGCCAAUGUACGCAUUUUUCCACGAACAUUCACUUUAGUAAAACGCUCUUAUCUGUUGUAUUCCCGUGACUAAAACGAUUCUGAAAAAGAAUCAAUCUUAAUUGAAAAUUAAGUAUGAUAUGUAUAUUAGAAACAAACUAUUUAGAGACUUAGAAAAUGACAAAUGACUUGGCAAACGCCGCAGCUGAGUUUGAUUUUAAUUUAGAUGCCCUUCCUUUCAAUUAAGACCUUCAAAGAAACACACACUCUUAUUGAGACCGCAGCUGUAGCUGCAUAUUUAUCACCCAUUUGCACUAUGCAUAUGACAGAUUAAAGAUGGGUGUUUAGAUGUAUGCACUCGUAUGUAGUAUAUGGCUUACAUAUGUAUGUGCUGUAAAUGUAACAAAUAAUUAUUCGAUAUACAUAAUUUAUGGAAAUGUAUUCUUGGCCGCUUGCGAUUUAUUGUUAGUAAAAUGUUUGUAAUUAUAUUCGCAUCACAAUGCGCCUGCAAUGCCCAGCUUUAAAUAGAAAAUGUCACCAAUGCGAAUUGGCGAAUCUCUCAAUGCCCCCCCUCCCAGCGCCGCAAUGUUCUGAAGAAACCCCUAAUCGUAAUUGUAAUCAUAAUCGCAACUUAACUUAAGACUGAGAACUACUUAUGCAAUUCUAACCAGAGUAGAGAAGACGCAAUUUUAAAAUAGCAGCAAAAGAAGACACGAAUCUAGCGAAAUAGUUCAAAUGUAUAUUUUGAAGAUGUACAUAACAUAUAUUAUUCGGUGCCUGCCAAACACAUUCCAGCGACUAAAAGAUACGCCUUCAGUGUACAGUGCGUUUCACAGCAAUAUGAGAGUUGGACAAUUGUGAUUGUGAACAGGUUCUUUGGAACCGAUACGUAAAUUUUGUAUUUCGAUUUUUGUAAGAUUUGAUGGCCACUAUAUUUAAUCGUUUAGCUAACUAAAUUUAAUCUGAAAUUCGUUUUAAUUGUGAAUUAAUGCAUCCUAUUAAACCUAUAGAACACAUUUGGCCCCAUGCGAGGAUUGAGCUUUAAUUAAACUAUUCGAUUAUUUAACCUACGCCUAUAUUUUUCCUUUGUCCUAUGCUGAUCACUUCCAGAUAUUCCAUUUGAUCCAGAAAGUGUUUAAAUCUCAUUUUGCCUGUCCAACGCACUGUAUACACCAGAUACGACCUGAUCUAGCUGGUCUUUCUAGCUUCAGUAAAUGAUCCGUCUAUAAAUAGAAAUUCCCUUUAAAAAGUAACAGAGCGUACGGAACAGAACAGUUAACAGCUUUUAAAACAAUUGCCUUGAUACCCCUACCUUAUCGAUAUGAUAUAUUGUAUACAUAAGCCCCACAAUGUUAACAAAACCAAAUGCAAAUAUAAUAUACAGAUAAAAGCAUAGAUAUACAUACAUAUACAUAAACAUAUACAUAUAUAUAUAUAUAUAGCUGUGGCACUGCAUGAUCUUAAAUACUACUUUAACGAGUAUAGAGCACACACAGACAAAGCAAGUACGAGUAGAAAUCAAUGGAAAGAGCAAUAUUACGAGAAUAUGGCGAGAAGAUUGUACGAGUAUGCGUACAUUCCCUAAGGUGCAGCAUUUACUUAUAUGAUUAUACUAUAUUGUAUUGUAUGUACUUCUAUCGUAUACAUAUCCAAAAUAAUGGCAAUUAUAGCUAUGUAAGAAAUUCUCUGAAUAAAAGCAUAAAGUACCUACAAAG